CUUGGUUCAUUUAUAAGUUGGCUGGCGGCGAAGACGGUACGAAGUUUCGGCCGCGAGUGGAACCGGUCGAAAAAGGCAGUUUAAUACGUUCGGCCAUAAACCUGAGAUAUACAUAGAACGGAACGCAGCAAUGAAGAUGGUAUGGGGAGAAGCAACGCAGCUCUGGCUGCUCGUUUUCCUGGGCACCUGGGGGGCUUCGGUGGUCGCCAAGACAGGACCUGCACACGACAAGGUGGUAGUUUGCUAUAUUUCCACCUGGGCGGUUUACAGGCCGGAGCAGGGCGCCUAUGCCAUAAACAACUUCGAUCCCAACUUGUGCACCCAUGUGGUGUACGCUUUUGCGGGCCUGGAUAUCGCCCAGGCAGCCAUAAAAUCCCUGGAUCCUUGGCAGGACCUCAAGGAGCAGUACGGCAAGGGUGGCUACGAGCAGCUGACCGGCCUGAAGCGCAGCCAUCCGCAUCUGAAGGUCAGCUUGGCGAUUGGCGGCUGGAACGAGGGCUCUGCCAACUACUCCACCCUGGUCUCGAAUGAUCUCCUGCGCGGCAGAUUCGUCAAACAGGUGUCAAGCUUCGUGCGGAAGUAUGACUUCGACGGCUUGGAUCUGGACUGGGAAUAUCCCACACAGAGGGGCGGCAAGCCCGCGGACCGAGAGAACUUUGUGGCACUGACAAAGGAGCUGCGGGAGGAGUUCGACCAGUACGGUCUUCUCCUGACCUCCGCUAUCGGGGCAGCCAAGAAAGUAAUUGAUGAGGCGUACGAUGUCCGGCAGAUAUCGCGGUACCUGGACUUCCUACACAUCAUGUGCUACGAUUACCACGGCAGCUGGGACCACAAGGUGGGGUACAAUGCCCCGCUGACGACUUCUGGAGAGGAUCCUCUGAGUGUGCAAUUUUCUAUCGACUACCUAUUGAAGCUGGGAGCUCCGCCUUCCAAGCUGGUGCUGGGACUGCCGUUUUAUGGGCGCACCUUCAAGACGCUGGCGAACGGAAACUUGAACGAUGCCAGCGACGGAGCCGGAUUUAAGGGUCCCUUCACCCGGGAGGACGGGUUCCUGGGCUACAACGAGAUCUGCGCUACGCUGAGCAACCGAACGUCGGGUUGGGAAAGGCAGUGGGACCCCCAAACCAGUCAGGUUCUGGCCAGGUCGGAGAGAAACGUGUUCACACAGGAGAUCAGCGUGGUGACUUACGACAGUUCGCGUUCCAUUGCCAACAAGGUCCUUUUCGCCAUGUCCAAGCGGUUGGCAGGUGUAAUGGUGUGGUCUGUGGAUACGGAUGACUUCCUAGGCAUCUGCGACUUGGACGUUGAUACCUAUGAGGACUUUAAGAAGGUUGUCUCCGCUCCAAAAAGGCUGAGUCGGAGCUAUCCCCUGCUAAGAACAAUAAACGAGGCCACGCUUCUGGCUGUGGAGGAGCUAGCCACUCCGGAGGUGCCACCUGAUAACUCAGAAAACGAGAUUCCCCACGGCAGCAUGGCAGACAGAAAGAAUUCUGCCGCUACCGUAGUAAGCCUGGGCCUGGGACUCAUCUCCGUUGUUAUGCUGCGAGGGGUGGGGUCGUUAUUCUAAGUAAUCACCUUGUUUAGGUAGUCAUUAAAUAAUAAAUCUUACUUUUAAACACAA